AUGGAGAUCUUCCUUUUUCUUGUGGGAUAUUUUGUUCAAUUUGCAGCGUCCUGCAUCUUGCUCUACAAGAUCUGGAAGCACAAGUCUAUCUAUGGACUGAGCAUUGACACUCAGGCAUGUUACAUGCUGGCCGCGGUAGCCAGAUGUGUCUGGUCCAUGGAGACAAGACUAGUGGAGACAAAAUUUGCAUACUUAGAGCUGAUACUCUCUACAGCUGUGGCAGUGGGUCUCAGUUUCAUGUGCUUCCAAUUUCAGCACACUGCGCCGAAGCAGUCCACUCCAUUCCUCAGAGUGUAUGCAACAGCCCCCGCAGCUUUGGUCUUGGCCUUCUUCUUCCACCCGGGAGAUGAUUGGUUCACCAUGCAGAUUCUCGUGUCCUACACAAUGUUCCAAGAGGGGAUGGGGCUGCUACCCCAGCUGUGGCUCAUGCGGAAGAUGCAUGAGGUGGAGCCACUGACGUCCCACUACGUCGGACUUAUCGUUGCCACUCGACUUGAAGAAACUGCUUCGGCUUCGGUGUUUGCUUGUUCUCGCACUCUGACUUUUUCGCUGCAGUUGAAUCAAGCACUUUCGGCGUUCAGGUUGCACGAUUUAUCAGAAUGUGCUUCUGGGGUAAGAUGUAUUUUUUGGGUGAGCAUUUUCUGCAGCUUUUCUUUGCAGAUGUUCUCCACACCUUGCUGUCAGCUGAUUACAUGUAUUUGUGGUGCAGGCACUGAGAUAGCCAUUGCCCCCUCUGCUUGA